AUGCGUUUCUCUUUGCUCGCACCAUUGGCUGCCCUUCUCGCAACAGUCGCAUGCGCUCCGUCAACAGUCGAAGACGCCCACCACAACGAGCUCGCUGCUCGCACUGCAGAUGCGGCCGCCGUUGAGGCUCACGCGGCCCUAGAGGGCAGAGCUGUCGACUAUCGUUUGGUCAAAACAACAUCUGGUCAAGUACGCGGCGUCGACGACGGCAACGGCGUCUACCGCUGGCUGGGUGUACGCUACGGUGCAGAUACCUCAGGCGCAAAGCGCUUCACGAAAUCCACCCUGGCACCGUCUGCAGAUGGCGUGUUCGACGCUUCAAACGCCGGUCCCAGUUGCCCUUCUGUCCAGAGCGCUAGCAGCUACGCCAAGCUCGCCUUCACAGGACAGCAGAUCGAUCCUCCCAGCAAAUGGUCCGAGGAUUGCUUGAGAGUCAACAUCUGGGCCAAGCAGUCUACGCGUCGAGGUGCAAAGGCUAGGCUCGCUGCGAACGGCAAAGGAGGUGCAGCUGUCUUGUUCUGGGUCUACGGCGGCUCCUUCAACACCGGCACAGCAACAAUUCCGUUGUACAGAGGCAACAAUUUUGCGGCAAACGAAGACGUCAUCGUCGUCUCCUUUGCAUACAGGCACAGCAUUUUCGGCAACCCUCUGUCGGACUACGUCACGAAACAGAAGGAGAAUGCUGCUGACGGAUGGAACUUUGGACUGCUCGACAUGGAGCUCGCUCUAGAGUGGGUCCAAAAGAAUAUUGCCAGAUUCGGCGGUGAUCCGAGCAAGAUCACAUUGUUUGGCGGGUCCAGUGGCUCGACCAUGAUCGACGCAUACUCUUACGCCCACGUCGACAAGCCAGCCGUGGCGAGCUCGCUCAUCGUCUCUUCAGGCUCCGUGAUCGGCUUGCAGCUCGCGUCUGGGACAAAAUCCAUCUUCAACUUUGCCAGGUACGACUCUGAGUGGAACACCGUUUCGGACAGCCUCGGCUGUGGUCGAUCAGGCGGUCAGACGCAAUUCCAAUGCAUGCAGAAAGUGCCCAUGAUGGACCUCGUCAACGCCACGGUGAAGCUCAUCACUUCGGACAACACCGUCCAAUUCGGUCCCACUCCUGACGGUCACACCUGGUUCCAAGACUACGCAUUGCGCAGCAACACCGGCAGAGUCUCCAAAAUCCCAACGAUGAUCGGCACCAACUCCAACGAGGCUACUCUGUUCUCAGACGACCCUGGAAACACAUUGAUCGUCAAAAUUAGCGACGCAGCUUUCACUCCCCCAUUGUGGACAUGUCCAGCCAUGACCAACGCUGCUGACCGCGCUCGUGUCGGCGCGCCAACAUGGCGCUACCAGUACCACGGUGCUUGGGAAGACUUUACUCAAGGUUACCCCGCUCUUGGAUCCUACCACUUUGCAGAGUGCCCCAUGCUAUUCGGCACAUACCCGCCAUACUACUUGGGCAAUCCAUCCAAGAAGGCGACGAUCACACCGGAGCAAGACAAGACUUCGCGCCUGAUGCAGCACGCUUGGGCGGAGUUCGCUAGAGAUCCCGUCAAUGGUCUGCCUAAGCUGGGCUGGCCUCAGUACAACCCUACGCAAAAGACUCUUGCGAACAUUGCUCUCAACAACCAGCCGCAGUUGACGCUCACACAGACCAACUUUAUCGAUCAAGGUGGAUGCGCCGUCACGGUGCCUAGCUUCAACUUCCUGCAAGGUCUCAGACAGACCAUUGUGAGCCUUUGGUAG